CGGGGGGUGGAGGAAGAGGCCUCGCGCAGAGGAGGGAGCAAUUGAAUUUCAAACACAAACAACUGCACGAGCGCGUACCCACCGCGCCGGAGCGUUGCCCCCGAUCCGCGCCCGCCCCGUCCGUGCGGCGCGCGGGCGGAGACGCCGUGGCCGCGCCGGAGCUCGGGCCGGGGGCCACCAUCGAGGCGGGGGCCGCGCGAGGGCCGGAGCGGAGCGGCGCCGCCACCGCCGCACGCGCAAACUUGGGCUCGCGCUUCCCGGCCCGGCGCGGAGCCCGGGGCGCCCGGAGCCCCGCCAUGUCGCGAUCCAACCGGCAGAAGGAGUACAAAUGCGGGGACCUGGUGUUCGCCAAGAUGAAGGGCUACCCACACUGGCCGGCCCGGAUUGACGAGAUGCCUGAGGCUGCAGUGAAAUCAACAGCCAACAAAUACCAAGUGUUUUUUUUCGGGACCCACGAGACGGCAUUCCUGGGCCCCAAAGACCUCUUCCCUUACGAGGAGUCCAAGGAGAAGUUUGGCAAGCCCAACAAGAGGAAAGGGUUCAGCGAGGGGCUGUGGGAGAUCGAGAACAACCCUACUGUCAAGGCUUCUGGCUACCAGUCUUCCCAGAAAAAGAGCUCUGUGGAAGAGCCCGAACCCGAGCCGGAAGCCACAGAGGGUGACGGUGACAAGAAGGGGAAUGCCGAGGGUAGCAGUGAUGAGGAAGGGAAGCUGGUCAUUGAUGAGCCAACCAAGGAGAAGAAUGAGAAGGGGGCGCUGAAGAGGAGAGCAGGGGACCUGCUGGAGGACUCCCCUAAACGUCCCAAGGAGGCAGAAGACCCCGAAGGGGAGGAGAAAGAGGCGGCCACCUUGGAGAGUGAGAGGCCCCUCCCUGUGGAGGUGGAGAAGAACAGUACCCCCUCUGAGCCUGGCUCUGGCCGGGGGCCUCCUCAGGAGGAAGAAGAGGAGGAAGAGGAGGAAGAGGCUGCCAAGGAAGAUGCUGAAGCCCCAGGCAUCAGAGAUCAUGAGAGCCUGUAGCCACCAAUGUUUCAAGAGGAGCCCCCGCCCCGUUCCUGCUGCUGUCUGGGUGCUACUGGGGAAACUGGCCAUGGCCUGCAAACUGGGAACCCCUUCCUCACCCCAGCCCGCUCUCCUCUUCCACUCACUCACUCCUCUCCAAGCCCAGCCCCUGGAGAUUGACCUGGAUGGGGCAGGCCACCUGGCCCUCACCACCAUGUCCCCACACCCCUGUGAUCUGAAUCAGGGCCAUGUCUUCUGCUUUGUGGGAUGAGAUGAGGCAGCUGUUUUUCCACCUCCUGACACACCUCUCCCUCGCCCCAGGCUUUCUGGACCUCUGGGUUGGUUGGGAAGAGGGUAGGAGUGGAGGGAUGGAGGAUAAACAGCAGGAUGGGUUUCUAGGGUCUGGGAGAGGCAAUCCUCAAAUUGGGGUCGGGGGGCUGGCAGGAGGAUGGUAUCUUCUUGAGCUCCUGUCUCUUCCUCCCACACCUAUUAUCCCAGCUGUCUAGAUUCAGGGAAAGUGGGACAGCUUGUGGGGGAGGGGCUCCCUUCCAUAAGUCCUUGAUGGUUGGCAACACCCAUUUUUCCUUUUCUGACCCCAGGAGUUCUGGGAGUUGUAGUUUAUCAUCAAAAGAUUUUGGGGCUUCCAGGUUGUUUGGGCCAAGGACCUGGGAUCUGAAGGGUUGAUUUCACCCAGCUUGGGUGGGAGUGUUGAGGAGUUCUGUCACCCUUUAGAUCUUGGGCCAGAGAUGGGAUGCCCUGGGGAGAUCCCUAGUUGCCCCUUUCCCUCUCCCCACAAUGCUCAAGGCCAGCCUGCAGUCACAUGUCACCCAGACAUAAAGGAAAAGACACAUUUUUUAGGAAAUGUUUUUAAUAAAAGAAAAUUACAAAAAAAAUUUUAAAGACCCCUAUCCCUUUGUGUGCCCCCCAUUCUGCUCCUUUCUUCCCCACUGUUGCCCCCCUUUCUGAGGUGCACUGGGAGGCUCCCCUUCUGUUUGGGGCUUGAUGACUUUUCUUUUUGUAGCUGGGGCUUUGGUGUUCCUUCUGGUGUCAUUUCCCAUCCGCAUACUCCCACCUGGUCCCCUCAGUGUUGACACCAGAUCCGAUUUGUUAACCCACUGAGAGGACAGAGGGAAAUGAGUGCCCUCUCCCAACCUCUUUCUACUGGUCUCUGCCUCUCUUCCGUCUCUUGUCUCUUUUCACCCUUGCCCCUCUCUUUGGGCUCUGAUGAAAAAUUGCUGACUGUAGCUUUGGAAGUUUAGCUCUGAGAACCGUAGACAAUUUCAGUUCUAGGAAAAUAAAACCCAUUGAUUACUA